AUUAAAUUUGUAUAUUAAUAAAAUGAGUAAAAAGAUUUAAUUUAAUUAAAAUAUAAAGUCUUAAAAUUUAUGAUUAAUGGGAAUCGGCGGGUUAUAUAAUCAUUGUACACCAUGGAGGCAAUUUUAAUCGAUGACGUUUAAUUGUCAUUACUAUCAAACGUAACUGCGCAGCGCACUUCCAAACGCAUUCUACGCUGUUGUAAAGUAAUAUAGAUUAAUUAAGUUUUGUACCAUUGAGUAUUGGUAAUUCUUUUACUGAAUGUGUAACAUUUUCUGCGAUCACACAAAUAAAAUGCAAUAAUGAAAUUAUUUCGCCAAUCAAAAAAAGGAAAUAAAUUCGAAUAUACGCGAUAAAGAUAUUUGUUCUUUUGUUAUUUUUUUUCAACUAUUUUAUACAUUUUAUACGUCUUAUAUUUGUGCGAAAUAAUUCUUUCGAAAUGAGCGGAUCGAUUUAAUCUGGGAUCGAUCAAUUUUUUAAUUUAACUUUAGUAGAACUGUACUAUUGCUUCUAAUUCAGUUAUUCCACGUGUCUCGACUCUACUUAAUGAAGCUUCAUAUUUUAUUGAUCUCUGUUUUAACCAUGCAAAAUGAUGUUUUCCUCUUGUUCUACUCUUCCACUACCUACUCAUGUUAUUCACAUUAGAGCAAAAAAAGUAAAGUAAAAAGACCAAACGCGUCACGAUAUUUUCGUUCUAUGUUAUUACUAUAAGGAUGGAGAUUAGAAUAAGAGGAAGCUUGAAGAUAAGAAAGGCGCUCUGAUGUCCUGAUAAUCCACAAUGGAGAGUCGAUUGUGUGUGUGUGUGUGUGUGUGUUUGUACGGUAUGAUAGUUUCAAGCUAUAUAUUUAACAGUGAAAAUUAUGAGCAGGUCUUCUCUCUUUCGCGAGAUAUAGUUGGAAAUAUAGUUAGAAUAAGAGAAACGUGUCUAAUAAACGAAAUCAAGAAUUGACAAGUGAUAAGGGAUAUCACUCACGUACCACCCACACAAAACGGGGUAUUCCCGAGCGGAUACUUCGUCCUGACGGGCUGACGAGAGACAGAUGUACGGAAAGAUUCUAAUGUGCUGUAGCUUCAACGCAUCAACAUCAGAAAUUAUCUCUAAUUCUUUUCAUAAAUUUCGAUCAUUAUAAAUCUUGAAAGUAUUCUCAGAUGGUGUUUUAAAUAAUAAAUUUUAACAAAAAAAAAUGUGUCAGUUUAUGAUUAUUGUAAAAUUGUAAAUUAUAACUUUCUCCGAGUCAAGAGUCAUUUUGUGUGUCGUGCGGUCGAUGGUUGCGACGUUUAAUUCAUCAUGUCCCUUAGAGCGCAAUUUUUUAAGUACGGUUCGUGCAUUGUGUUAUAUUUUCUCAUUUGCAUAAUUUUAAUUAAAACGAGAAGAAGCAAUGUAGAAAAAACGACAGGCGCAACGACGACGAUCAAGUAUCAGCCGCAAACGUUCCACUUCUCGAUUUCAGAUAGGAUAAUUAAAAAGGAUGUCAAGGGGGAGAUCAACAUGUUGCGGAUGGACGAAUUAAAGGGUGGAACUUUCGACCUGCAGAAGAGCGCGAAUCUGCUGCAACAGGUAUCGAACGUCUGCGCGAAGUACAAGCUGAAGACUCCUCUCGUCAAAAGGCAUUUUUUAUACAAUGUCAAACAUAAGUCGCUGUAUUGCUGGAUCCGCAAAGUCGGGUCUACCAGUUUCACCAAACUGUUUUCCGACAUGAGCAACCGUAGAGUCGAGCACAAUUUUUACAAAGAAGUGGACGUCCUGUCGCCAGAAAGUUUAGAAAAUCUGCAGCGUUUUGCUAACAACAAUACCAUUUUCAAAUUGCUUGUCGUCAGACAUCCGUUUCAACGGCUGGUCUCGACGUAUAGAGACCGCAUCGAAGACAACAGCAAAUACACCGCACAAUCCUGGCUCUACACUCGCCAAAUUCUUCAUCUCUCAAGGCCGGAACUCUUCCGUUUCAACGCGUCGGGCGGCAACAUUCUGCAAAGAAUAUUCUUGCCGGACAGAAGAUUGAAGGUGAUACCCAGUUUUCGAGAAUUCUUGGAAUGGUUGCUGAAGCAACCGCCGGAUCACAAUGACGUCCACUGGGCCCAAUAUCACACUCACUGCGCGGUCUGUAACGUGAGCUACAACUUCAUCCUGAAACUGGACGAAUACACGUUCGGGGAAGUCAAUUACAUCCUGUCGAAGCUGAGAUUAGAUAAAGAUAAGAUCUACUUGCCCAGGCUGCAGCGCACUCGUACUGGGGUCACCAACUCUGAUAUAACGUGUAAAUACUUUCACGACCUGACCACCGACAUGGUCCUGCGAUUGUACGAAAGGUACAAAGUGGACUUUGAGAUGUAUAACUAUAAGUUGGACAAGUAUUUGCACUGUGCCAAGAGUAAAAAUUGACUUUGACCAGGCAAAAAAAUGAUGGAGCAGCAAUAAGUAAUACUUAAUUGAAAAAAGAUAAAAAGAACACUUUUUGAUAAAUAACUAAAUUUUUUAAAGACGGGAUAUUUUCUCGUGCCUUUUUUUGUAAACUGGAAAAUAGGAAAUAUAUUCUGAUUGACUUUUUAUGGAUGAGUCUUUACAUCUCUAUACGGGAAAACGUAAAUAAAAAUAUACAUUUUUUUAAGAUUAUACUUAGAAAAUUAUUACAUUAUGUAAUUAUUAAAAAUAUGUUAAUUAUGAAAAUUAUGAACUACUAUGUAGUGGAUUUUGGAAUUAAAUAAAAAUUUGAAAUCAAUGAUUACACAUACACGCGCGCACGCACACACACAUAUACACACAUGUGAGAAUAUUAAUCAAUAAAUCUUAGUAUAAGUAAAAACAAUCUAUUUUUCUUUUCUAAUGAUCAAAAUAAUGACAAUAGUUAUGACAAUAUGAUAAUACAUUACGGCAUAUGUAUAUUCGUCAAUAUACAAAAUUAAAUUAAUUAUUGUAUCUAUAAACCACGGAUGUCACUAAUAGAAAAGGAAU